AUGGCGUCCAACAUUGGCGCUAUUGCGCAGCUGCUCGAUGCCACUCUCGAUCCAGCUCAGCACCGCAAAGCUGAGACUGCUCUCAAGGUCGAACAGGCCAAGCCCCAAUACUCCCUAAGCCUCCUAAACAUCGUCGCCUCGGAGCCUCUGCCGGCGAAAACCCGACUUGCCGCAGCUUUGGCAUUUAAGAAUUUCAUCAGGAACAAUUAUGUGAACGAAGAGGGACAGUACAAACUUCCUCAGGAUGAGGUCAACACCAUUAAGCAACAGCUUAUUGGCCUCAUGAUCUCCUCUCCCCCAGCCAUUCAGAGCCAACUCGGCGAGGCUGUCGCUAUCAUUGCCGACUCCGACUUUUGGGAGCGGUGGCAGACUUUAACACAAGACCUGGUCAGCCGUUUCUCUGCGACCGACCCGAAGGUUAACAUCGGUGUGCUGGAAGUCGCCCACUCGAUCUUUGUGAGGUGGAGGCCACUCUUCCGAACGGACGAGCUAUACACUGAGAUCAACCAUGUCAUUUCGACAUUCGGCCAACCAUUCAUUCAAUUGCUGAUCACCACCAACACACGGAUCGAGGCGAACAGCGGAAACAAGGACCUCCUCAGGGGCUGGUUCGAGACAUUGAGUCUCCUCGUCAAGAUUUUCUAUGACAUGUCCUGCCAUGACGUGCCGCCCAUCUUCGAAGAGAACCUGCCGAGCAUCUGCGAGCUCCUCCACAAAUAUCUCAGCUACGCGAACCCCCUGCUCGCUACCGAUGACGACUCCGAAGUUUCCAUUAUUGACACCGUCAAGGCUGAUAUCUGCGAAGCUCUAGAGCUCUACACUGUCAAGUUCGACGACGAUUUCUCUAAAUACUGCGGUCCAUUCAUCACCAGAGUAUGGGAAUUGCUGUCGGACAUGGGUCCCGAGACCAAAUACGACAUCGUUGUCAGCAAGGCGCUGCACUUCUUGACGGCAGUUGCGUCAACGAAGGAGCACGCUGAUAACUUUAACCACCAGGAUACUCUUUCGCAGAUUGUCGAAAAGGUUAUCCUUCCCAACGUGGCCCUUCGCGAGUCCGAUAUCGAGCUGUUUGAGGACGAACCGAUCGAAUUUAUUCGACGCGAUUUGGAGGGUUCCGAUACUGAUUCGAGGAGGCGCUCUGCGACCGACUUCCUUCGGAAGCUCCAGGAAAAAUUUGAGAGUCUUGUGACGGGCGUAGUUUCGAGGUACAUCAACCAUUACCUCACCCAAGGAGAGACGGAUUGGAAGGCCAAGGACACGGCUAUUUACCUGUUCAUCUCCAUCGCCGCCAAGGGCGCCGUUACUUCGGCUCAGGGUGUGAAGACCAUCAACUCCCUGGUCAACGUCGUGGAGUUCUUCCAGCAGCACAUCGCUGCUGACCUCAUGUCGGACAGUGCAGAGCCCAUCGCCAAGGUGGACGCUAUCAAGUACCUCCACACUUUCCGAAGCCAGCUCUCCAAAUCCCAGUGGAUGGAUGCUUUCCCUCACCUUAUCAAGAACGUCGGCUCAAGCAACUACGUCAUCUACACUUAUGCCGCCAUUGCCGUUGAGCGUCUUCUCUUCCUCACGGACGAUAACGGCGUUCAAAUGUUCACCCGCUCCGAUGUUGAGGGCUUCUCCAAUGAGCUUCUCGAGCGGUUGUUUAUGCUGAUUGAGAGGGAGACUACGCCGGCGAAGCUCCAGGAGAACGAGUUCUUGAUGAGAUGUGUGAUGAGGAUACUCAUCGUUAUCAAAGAUGGAGCUGCGGGCAUUCUCGAUGGCGUCUUGCAGCACCUGAUUGGCAUCACCAACAUUAUGAAGCAAAACCCCAGCAACCCCCGGUUCUAUUACUACCAUUUCGAGGCUCUCGGUGCCCUUGUGAGGUAUUGCUCGGCAUCCAAGGCUGAUGUCCUCAACGCGAAGCUCUGGGAGCCCAUCCAGCUCAUCUUUACGGAAGACGUCACAGAAUUCAUGCAAUAUGUCCUGCAAAUUCUUGCGCAACUUCUCGAGUCUAGCCCCGCAGAUUCAAUCUCGGCCAACUUUGGCGCGCUGCUGGAUCCCAUCCUCAACCCUCCGAUGUGGGAGGUUAGGGGCAACGUCCCUGCGUUGACUCGUCUGCUCGCCGCGCUCAUCCCACGGGCAGCCAAGGAUAUCACGGCGGGAGACAAGAUCAAGCAAAUUCUCGGCAUCUUCCAAAUGCUCCUUGCCGGAAGGAAGUCGGAACUCUAUGCCUUUGACAUCCUCGAAGCGACCAUCAAGUCUUACGAAGGGAAUGUGCUUGAUCCGUACUUUGUUACUAUUCUUGAGCUCCUCUUCAAGAAGCUUCAGAGCAACCCUGCCGACUCGCUCAAAUUGAGGUUCGUGCGACUUUACCACCUCAUCUCGGCGCGACUCGAGGAGGGAUACGGCGCGGAUUACUUCAUCAAGCACUCGAACGCGCUGCAAGCCGGGCUUUUCAGGCAGGUAUACCCGGCCAUCAUCCUCGUGGAGACCGACAAGCUUGCGCGCCCCGUCGAUCGAAAGCUCGCCGUCGUUUCUUACACCAAGACGCUGUGCGAGUCGAAGGCGUUCGCCGAGGAAUUCCUCAAGGGCUGGGCCAACACGUGCAACAAGCUGCUCAUGCUGCUGGCCAACCCGCCUACGAUUGCGGCCGGCCUCGGCGACGAGAUCAUCACGGAGGCUGAUGUCGACGACAUUGGUUUCGGGCUGACAUUUACGGCUCUCAACACGUGCAAGCCGGCGGUCAGGGACGAUUAUCCUGAAAUUUCCAACGUUAUCCAUUGGGUCCGCGAUUACAUCAAGGAGGCUAACACGAGGCACAACGGACUGGUCUUUACCUUUAUCGAGACUAGGUUGGCGGAUGAGCAGAAGGAGGUGUUCUCCCGCAUCAUUCAGUAA